AUGCUAGUAUUCUGGUUACGUAUCUUUCUUACAAUGUCACUUCGCAACACUCUCGUCGCCGACGACACCGCUUCUGCUUCGUCACAGGGCGUCGCGAGCCGAGCGAGCAACCUCAAUGCCGUUCCCGACGACAUUCACCACCUCAUUCUCUCCGACAUCGCGGAUACAUCACCCGCAGACUUACUCAAUGUAGCACAGUCUUCCGAAGUCUUGCACCAUGCGGCGCUACCAUACAUAUACCGCAACAUCAUCUUGAACGGAGAGUCAACGGCAUACAAGACACUUGUGGAGAAGCUCUCCAAGCAUGAGCACGGUGACCUUACGAAGCACAUCCGCAGCAUCACCGUCAAAGACAAGGUACCAUCCGAAGACCUGGUUAUGAUACUCAACAAGACUUCGCGGCACAGGAAUCUUCGAUCGCUCAAGUAUGUUCCUUUAACCAUUUCAGAUGUCGAAACUAAGUCUCGUAGUUGGGAGACCUCCGCGCACAUACCUCCGGCAGUAUACGACAUCAUCCACGCGAUUGGGCCGAAGCCGGAGAUACGCGUUGUUGUCGUGGACCGGAAGAUGGCAAGGACCAUUCCCCAUCGUCAGAUGGACAUGAAGCUUCUGUCGUCUCCGCUUCUUGUUAGCUUGACCUACGAGGUAUACAUGCAGGGCUUCGCCCCCGAGCACCCUUGCCGAUCCGAGUGGCCCCGACUGUCCCAGGCACUGGCGACUGCUGGAAACGUUAGAUCUCUUCGGCUCCAAGUCUUGCAAGACGGUCACAACCUUUUCACACCCGAUACAGAGCCGGCGAAGAUACCGCGCCUCGAUCUCACCACCGGUAUGCGCCUACCUCUACUGGAGGAGAUGACUCUUCAGACUUUGAGAUACCAUGGCCAGACGGCGUACCUCUGGGACCUCGACUACUGUCGCAUGUUCCGCGAUGCUAUCGACUGUUCCCGACUGCGUAAGCUCGACUUCGGCGGCGAACAUCCCGCAAACUUUUUUUCUUGCUUCACGGGACUUUGCCCCAAGCUAAAAGUGCUGAGUUUUGGGAUGUGGGAGGGUGAUAAAUCGCCUGCGAAGCGGUUCAUUGAGUCGAUUGAUGCACUUGAACAUCUCGAUCUGUCACGAGCGCAAGCGGGUAUAGACGAUCUUUGGCCCGCUAUUGAGCAGCACAAGGAUACACUCGAGACAUUAAUCCUUAGGCCGACAUUCGAAGCAUACUGCCACAAGGUUGUUAUGCCCUUCAGCCGUUUGAAGGACAUCGCGCGAACAUUCCCUAGGCUCAAGCAUUUAGGCUGGGACGCACCCUGCGAACGCAACAUCGAUCCGCAACAUCUCGUCGCCCUAGUAGGGAUGAAUCUUACGAAGCUUGAUCUCUGGCUGCACAUUCCGCAAGAAGCAAACGACUACAGCGAAAAGCUCGUACAGGAUAUCUGGGGCAACAUCCCCCACCCCGAACUCAACAAAGAGAGUACUGUGGCAUCUGCGACCGGUAUUGCAGAUCGGCUUUUGGGGUCUGGGCAAGGUGCUUUCCAGUGGCUUACUCUUCAUCUCUCGCGAGAGGGGGCGUCGGAUCGCUGCCAGCCGUAUAUGAUGUACUCGAAGCUGCAACUUAGACUGAAUGGGCGUUCUAAAAGGACGCAUGGAGAAAAGUGGGAUGUGCGCGGUAAGCUGGACUGGUCUUAUGAACCCACUUUGGUGGAAGAUCUGCUUUUUGAGGAGAGGUAG